AUGAACCUCAGAACUGUUGAAACCAGGGGCUCAGGGCUAACUGCAGUGCCCCGCCGUACAAUCAACCCCAGCGUCAACGAGCUGCUACUAUCGACUCAGAUUCCCAUCGGACGAAGACGGAAGAAGAGCAAAAAGAAAACCUCACAUUUGGACACCGCAGGGAGUGACGGAGAUGGAGAUGAUGAGACGUAUCACAAGAACGCACGAAAGGUGUCUUCGACCUCCACCGUGUCCACCACUCAAAGCCUCAACAAGCCUGCUGACACAACGGAAAUCGUCCGUGGUGCUACACAUCUUACUCCCUCGGGGUCUCAUGUGACUAUCAUGGAGCGUGAGAACCCUUAUGUCAUGGGCACGGGCAUCACUCUGGGUCGUCUUUCCAUCACCCCACCUCAUUUGUCUAUGGUGUAUUCAUCAGAAUCAAACGAUAAUGACGACGACGACGAGUACGAGUCCUUGUUUGGCCAGACAUACAAUGACACAAACGGCCUCCUGCAGCGACUCUCUGGACUGGCUCGGGACUCCCAGACACCUUAUUAUGCCACGAGCCCUCCUGACGACAUGUUCGCUAGUUCCAUUAGCUCAGCCAGCAGCAUCGACUAUGACCCUGCCUUGGCCACUAGCGCUGUCACUGACAAUGCCACCGCCACUGCCACCAACGAAGAUGACACCAACGUGGCUACCAACACAAACACUAGCGACACAAAUGGCGUCACUACUAUCAGAAACAACACUGUACCUGUGCUUGCUACGUCAGCUGGCACUGCCGUACCCUCUACUAACAACAACUUCCCCGGGACCAUGUCUGCUGCUGCCUCCAGCCGUGCUCUUUCCCGUUUACCCAAACGGCGAACUUCUCUGCUGUCCUUCUCGAGCAAGAACUCAUCCUCGUCGCGACAGGUGACAUGUGCAUGUCCCAUUCCCGUGUCGGACCAUCCUCUUUCUGAGUUUGGGGACGACUCCGAAUUUGGAGACGAGUCGGACGCCCCCUCUCUGGGCUUCCCCCGCACAGAAUCGUUUGCCUCUUUCACCGAUGAUGAUGACAUGAGCGGGGUGGACUACGUCUAUCCUAAGAAGGCCGCAUCCAUUGCAUCACACGAUAGCGGCUCUGUAGUGGGUACUGCUACUGCCGACGAUGGAACUCUUUCAACCGCCGAUGCCUCUGCUGCCUCUGCUGCAGCUGCGGUGGCUACCACUUCGACCUCCACGCGGUCCAAACUGGUGUCCAACAUCACCAAGUCUUUCAAGGCCUUCAGCAACGCCGCCAGCAAGUUCUCCACGUCUCAGCAGGCCCAGGUGAGUUCCAACUCGGCGUUGUUUGCAUUUUCUCCCCGAUCCACAGAUGAGUGUAUGGUUAUGACUGACGAGCUGAACCAAGCUGCGGCUGCGGCUGCUGCCGACAACGCUGGUUGUACUCACGAGGAAGCUGCUACUGCCACUUCUACCUCCACUGCUUCUCCCAGAAACAUUCCUCUCAAGACAUACAACUACAGCUCUACUCUUUUGCCUGUGGUUCGCCCCCGAGAGCACCGGAUGAACCCCGACUUUCUGAGGGUGUAUGCUUCCGAGGCUCUCAUGCGGCAGCGUGGCAAGCUGGACCCCGAUUUUGUGGGUCGAGCCACCAUGCUGCUGCCGCCUCGAACCGACAAUCCCGACUCCUUCUACCGCCUUAAGGCUGGAAUUGAUGGAGAGUGGGAAAAGGUUUUUGGCAUUCGUAAGCGGUUUGUGACAAAGUUCGACGACAAGCGAUGCAUUACGACCCAGAAACAGGUGCCUGCGAGAUGGGUUCCUAUUAACUGGGACGAUUGUGAAAAUUGUGAAGGUGACGUAGACGAGGAUGCACUAGAAACCUCGGUCACCCAUGAAACAUAG